AUGCUACACCGCUCCGCCCUGGAAGAUGAACCGCGAUCGUUCCACCCGAGACGUCCCUCGGGCCCUAUCACGGAGCCCCCGUCUGGCCCCCUCCCCAAUCGACCAGCCUCACGCACGUCACGGCCAGCCUCGAGGAAUCGAUUAGGAAAUCCUUCCAGUGCGGGUAUGUCCACGGGAUUGGGGGUGGUGUCGGAGAACGGGUCGGAUCGGCCUCCCAUGUUGGCGCCUACGAGUCCUAUUAAAGAAGGACUGGGAAGUUUGAACCGCUGGUCGCAGUCCACCGCAUCCAGCAAGAGUCCAUCAGAGUAUACUGGUCACCGUCGCGGCAGCUCCAAGAUGUCCUUAUCGGGUCACAGUCCACACCACGCGCCCGGGCUUGCCGAAUUGCCCGAGUUGAGCCUCCCCGAGCUAAGAGCAUCGGAGAUGUUCUCGACCGACCCAGACACCUCUCAUCUCGACCUCUCCUUCACAGCUUCUAGCCAUAUAUUCCAGAAUUCUUCCGGCAAUGACCCUCGAGACCUGGGUAAUCUUCCACCCUACCACGAUUCGACAAUGAUGCGCACGAAUGAUGGCGCGGCAUUUGCAGAUGGUGAAGGCGAUGGGGAGAAUCGACAACAUGGACAGACGCAAAAGGCAAUGCUGUCCAAAGCGCUGCAAAAGGCGAAUACGGCAGUGCUUUUGGACAAUGCCGCGAAUUUUGAGGGUGCAAUGGAGGCUUAUACCGAUGCCUGCCAGCUGCUGCAAUUUGUGAUGCUGCGGAGUAAUGGAGGCGACGAGGAGAAGCUUAAGCUUCAGGAAAUCCGCGAUACCUAUAUGAUACGAAUUACCGAGCUUCAGCGCAUGGAUUUCCCGAUGCCGGACGAUGAUGGCAAAGCGCUUCCCGAGCGCCCUUUGAGUCAAGAGUCCUAUGGGGAGCUCUUUCACGCCUCGAUCCACGAUGACUCCCAUAUCGACAGCCAGCAUAGCUCAGCCCACUCCAGUUUGGGCCUUCAACCGGCCUUUGAGGAAUCCAGGUCUCUACCUUCCGAGGCGAUUCCUCCUCGCCGCCAAUCACUACGACCAUCUUCGCAUUCGGGCAGGACUACUCCCGCCGGUCUUGGGAACAAUCUGGCAGCUUAUAAUGGACAUUUCCUCGAACCCGCAGCGGUGCAAGAGACCAACGAAUCAACGUCCUGGCUUGACACGAUUGACGAGUCCGGCGCCUCCUCUCCGUCAUCUGCAAACUCCAAGGCUUCGUCGGUGUACCUGCGUCGGCGGACAAGCCGUCGCCUCAGCACUGAUACCGAAGCCGAAUUUGAUGCAGCCCUUGACGCUGCAGUGGAAGCUGCAUAUGACGAUGGUCUCGAGCCCGUGAUGGAAUACAAGGAAGAAGAGAGCGAUGAUAUAGUAGCGAAUGCGCGCAGGAAUAUUGAGCUGGCAAAGCAACGGGUACGAGAAGCGGAAUUGGAGGCCGAAGCUGCCAUGAACCGUGGUCGAGAGUUCCGCCAUAUUCACGAGGAACAACCCGGCUUGGACAACCCCGUGGGCCGAAAUUCAGAGUAUCUGGACGAGGAGGCCGAAGAGGAAGAGCGUCUGCUAGAGGAGAUGACCAAAGGAUACGUAAUGGAUGAUUUUGAGUUCGGCAUUCAAUCCAAGUCUGCCCUGCCUCGAGAGUCGGAUUCUAGCAAUAUGUCUGGUCGAACCUGGGAAAGCUCGGCUGCAUCAAACAUUACUGGCAACGGUGGUGCGACUUUGUCUACGCUCACGGAGGAUGAUGAUAACAUUCUACCUCCCGACUUGACCGACAGGAAUCACUUGCCUUCCUCUCCCCCCACGGCGGCAUUGCCUCCCAUUCCUGUUUCGUCUGAUUUCCCCGGCCUACCACCUCACCGAGCUUCGUUGUCUCAGCCCCCUCCUCCGCCUCCCAUGGGCCCUCCCCCUGUCCCUGGAGUCCGCGCUCGACGACUGUCUGGACUGGCUUCUAGCGAGCUAACGAUCGAAACCGGUACACGCCCUCGUGGUGACUCUAUCGUCUCAAACGACGAACCCUCGCAGGACCCUCCUCCUCCUAGGUCUUCGACGCCCAGCUUCCGUGCCAGUCUGCAUCCUUCAAAACGCAAUCCUUCCGUUGGUUCUUUCGUGGACAUCAACCUAGCCAAGACUCAAACUAACGAAGAUGAUGGGCUUGGUCUUCCUCCUCUCCCUGUCUCUGCACGUCCAAUAGGCAAAGUUCCCUCUGCUCCAGACGGCCUCGACAAGGCUCAUACCAACUCCAAAUCCGUCCGCAGUCGCAACGUCUCUGUCCCUAUUCCCGAUACCGCACCUGGUUCUCCUACCACCCCGUGGAGUGGUUCGUUCCCAUCUCUCGAUACCCAAAAGGCUUCAAUGAUACCUAGUGUGCCCGUGCUGCCGACUCCAACGGCCGCACAUUUUACACAAAACGGUCUUCCUACCGGUGGUCUCAACCUUUUCGAUUGCGAUAUCCACUCCCCCACUGCUUUGGGACGCCCCAACUCGCUCGUACAUAAUGCACCUGUCCCGCUUGAACCUUGUCCGGAGUCCUUCCUCCUCCGUCCAUUCUGGCUCAUGCGAUGCCUGUAUCAGACGAUCUCUCAUCCACAAGGCGGUUAUCUGUCCGCGAAACUCUUCGUUCCUCGUGACGUUUGGCGCGUGAAGAAUGUCAAGAUCAAGGCUGUCGAGGACAAAGUGUCAAACUGCGAUCUGCUGACGGCGGCCCUCCUUAAACUGGCCCAGGUGGAUAUGUAUGAUGCGGAUGCCGUGUUGGAAGAAAUGCAAUCCUUCGAGGGCGUUCUGGAACAGGUCCAAAUUGCAUUGUCGAAGAAGCUGGGUAACGAGGUUGGCAUCCACACUGCCAUUCCCUUGUUCAAGUCCAAUGGGUCCUUUGAUGAUUCUUCUCACCCCGAGCCGGCCUCCUCCAGGACCUCUGGCACUUCCAACAAAUCCUACAGGCCGACGUGGAAACGACUACGAUCUAAGACCUCGGGCAUUGGCACUACCACCCCGACAUUCUCGACCCCUCGCGAUAGCAACAAGGAGCACUUGAAUUUGAACUCGGUUCCCAUGACGGCGGCACCCGUAAGCCAGGCCCGGCGCAGUGUGACCUCACUGGAUUUCUCGGGUCCAAAUUCUCAUUACAUGGGCGCAUUAGCACGUCUCUUUGAUGCUGCCCAAGUACUAGAUCAAAUCGCCCAGCAAGUCGAGGACCCAGGGCUUAAACACUCCUCUCAAACCCACGUUGGCUUGGAACUGUGCACGAGACAUGCAGCUGAAUUCUUCGGUUUCUAUAUUUGCCGGUUCGCGUUGGCUGAUGUAGGUCUCAUGCUUGAUAAGUUCAUCAAACGUGGCAGCGAGUGGGUGUUGAUCUAG